AUGGAGAAACCAGCCGGGUGGAAAAAAGGAGGCUAUGAUGCGCUCCGCCGUCGCGGCCGCCCAUUCAGCUCCCUCCGUGCCCUACUCCCAAACGUCUCCGAAGCGGACAAUGCAGCUGCAGUUCUUUUCCACGCUGUCUCAUACAUCAACGACCUCCGAACGAAGAUCCAGCAAUUGGAGUCUCAACUUCCGAACGAGGAAGAAGUGACGUCCAAAGGAGUGGAAGUAGAAGUGGUGGUAGAAGUGGAGAUCGUGGGAGGAGAUAAGGCAGUUGUUAGAGUUGAGACCCAGGGCGUGAGGUAUGCAGAAGCUAGGGUCAUGGAGGCCCUUAGGGACUUGGAGUUGAAGCUUCACCAUGCCACAAUCUCAAACUUGAACAAUGUCACAUGCCAACGUCUAGUCGUUGGCCUUCCUUCACCACAACAAACUACACAAAAAGGUGAGUUAACCAAAAUUUCGAACAAGAAUUGA